UGUGCAAAACAACACUAUAUUUACAAUCAAUUCAAUUGAUUUGCUGUUCAAUAGAUUUUGUUGAAUAUAUUUAACUAACAAUAAAAACAAUUUAUUUUUAAUUUGUAUUUUAAUUGGUAUGACAUAUGAACUGUCGGUAACUAACAUUGUGGCCAACAAUUGAUACAAUUAUAAUAUUGUCAGUAAAUAUAUAUUAUUACAAACAAACAAACGGAUUGUCAAUACAGAGUAAACAUCAAACCAUUGGAUCCAAAUCUCCUCUGAGUUAUUGUCAUUGAAUGUCAUUAUUAUCUGAAGAUAAAUCCAAACAAAUGUCGGCAAUCAGUCCUCAGCGUAAAAAUCGUGGUAAAUGUAAAACAAAAAACACGAGAAGUGGAUCUGUGGACCAAAUCCCACCUCAGGUGUUGGAUGAGAUCAAUCGAUUUCUUGAAGGAAGACAUUCACCAUUGGGUGAUGUGGACAUCGAUAUGAGUGAUUGCAAACACGACAAGACUUUUUUGAAAGAUCAUAACAGCAAAGAGGUUGUGUUGGAACCGAAGGCCGGCCGAUGUCUACUUUGUCGGUGUCCUCAUAAUCCCGAUAGAUCUCGACUACAGUCAGGAUCGGAUCAGUUGUCAGACACACCACAAGUAUCGCUUUGGUUUUGCAACUCGUGUAAGAAGAUUGUGGAAAAGGAAAGGGAAUCUAAUUGUUCGCUGACACUGAAAGUAACGGCCACUAACACUACCGACUGUUCGACAUUAAGCGCCACAACCACUAUAUCUUCUUCGACAUCAAUUGCCACCCAAACGACCAACACGUCAUCGACGACAACAACCACAUCGACUUCCAUAUCGGUGACUACAAGUUCGUGUUCGUGUCCAUUGUGUAAGCGUCACGAUGAGCAUCAAUCACCUCACGAGGAUCUACGCACGUGUUGGCACGAACUCAAGUCGGCAAUUCUCCGCAUUUACCGCGAGUCAGGACUUGUACUCAACCAGACAUUUAUGCAACAAAACCGUAUGGAACUGACUCUUCAACAUAAGGGACCCCUUCCUUCCAAUGAUAAACUCAAAGAAAUUGUUCACAAACUGUGUGUUCACGAUCGACAUAAGCUUUAUCAAUGUCUAGAAGCACAGGUACGGCUGUUUGUAGUGGAGAUGCGUCUAAACCUACUGAAGCAUUUAGAACAGGGCUCUCAAGCGCUGUUUGAAGCAAUGAUAGAUCAGUACAGCAAACUUUGUCGGGCGUCGAAAAAAAGUGCACAAUUCCUGCAAGAAUUAGAGUCUAAACAUUUACGCAAAUUCAACCUGACCUGGGAGUUCCUCAAUAGACGACUCUUCCAAAGCACUGUCUAUUCCGAUACUUUUAUCAAACACGGACUUCCUAAGUUAACAGCGCUAACGAAGGAUCGGUCCCUAAUUGAUAUGUACGCCCGGUUUCUCAAGUUUGAGGACGAAAUGACAGUUAUAUCAGUUGUUUGGCGCGAAGCCCAACAGUUUAUUGACAAAUAUGAAAAGUUUGCAAUAUUAAAUAAGAAGAGGGCACUAAUCAAAGAAUGGGAACAAUUUAGUGUCGAAUGGGUAUUAGAUGAUCACGUGUCGGGCAGUGUCGCCAAUAAAAGUAAAUCAGGAGAGAGUCCAAUGUGUAUAAAGAAGCCAUCGAUUGAGUGUCUAAACGCUCGCUUUCUUGAGGAACAGAAACUGUUAAAAUCUGGUAAAAACAUGCAAUCCGUUAACUUAGAGGUGGAAACACAUUCAGCACUACAGGAACAGACAUUACUGGCCGCUUAUGGCGAAUGGGAUGCCAUUGAUAUCAAAGCCAUAUCAAGUCUUCAGGCAUCUAAUAAACAUCUAAAGUCUGCCACUGCUUCCACACAAGUGGAUCUACUGUUGACCAAUAAAGCUAAGAAUGAAUUUCAAAAGGCUACCGAUCAUCACACUCAUGAAGAUGACGAUUGUGAUGAUGAAGAAGAAUGUGAUGACGACGAUGAAGAUGUUGAUGAUGAAGAAGACGACGAUGAGGACGACGAUUCGUGUUCUGAUCAGAGCUCAACCACUUCGACUUCAACGAGUAAUGCUCAGCGAGGAGAAGGCGGUCGUGUUUGUGAUUGUUGUUAUUGUGAAGUCUUUGGUCACGGAAUGCCAUCCGUUGCGCCCACUUCUCGAAAUUACAAUGAAAUGAGGGAACGAUUGAGAAUGAGGUUAAGUAAACGUAAAGCAGAAAAGUGUGAGAAAAAUGUGACUCAAAUUGGAAGUCAAAUAACAAUUGAUAACAAUUUUAAACCAAAAGAUAAAGAGAUUGAACAGAGAGAUGAUCGUGAUUUGGAGGAAUUGAUUAACUUUAUUAAUGGUACUGAUAGUGGUAAUGGUAAAGAAAAGAAAAAGAAAAGCGAAAAACAAAAGAAACAGAAAAAUAAAGAUAAGAAAACGGUUUCCGAUAUUAAAGACUCUAAAAAUACUUCCAAUAAUAUUAAUAUUAUUAAUAAUAGUAAUAAUAAUAACAAUAAUAAUAUUAAUAUCAAAGAAGUGGGAAGUAAUUCCAAUACAAAAACUGCCGAUAAUUUGAAUAAAAAUCAUAAAAAUGAUAAAAUUAAUGACCACUCAAAGGAUACUUUGCUUAUCAAUCACAACAAUAAUGUUAAUAAUAAUAAUAAUAUUUGCCAUCAAAACAAACCAACUAAACCACUAAAAGAACAAAAUCAAAGCACAAAAUGUGAAUCACCGAAAUUGACCGACAAUUCUAAGUUAAAUUUAAUGGUUAACCAACAUCUCAAUGAUCAACAACAACAUCAACCAAUGAUUACUUAUAACAACAAUAGUAUUAAUGGUAUGACUAAUGGCAGCGCAAAGAACGCUAAAAUUAAUGGAAACAACAAAAAGAAGAUUAAAAUAUCAAAAGAAGAAAUUAAUUCAAACCAAAUCCAAAAUAUUAAUAAUAACAAUAAGAUUUCGAGCGAACCGAUUGUCAAUGGGAUCAUUGGACACCACAAACAAAAUGGAACAACUGUUAUGUCUAACGGUUCCCUCAAACAUCACCACCAAAUGAACUCAUUGAACAGUUCUCAAUCACCCGAAAGAAUUGAUAAUAACUCAGAUGUUGUCAAACAAAACAAACAAAAGCAAAAUAAGUUGAAUAGAAACAAAAAGAAGAAUAACAUCGAAGAAACACUAUCUCCAGAUGAAGUUUUUAUGCCAAAAGACAUUGAUUUGGAAAAUGGAGAAUUAGAUGAGUUUGAGAAAGAAUUAGAGGCUUUCAAAAGGUUCUGUUUUAAUUCGGUUCCGCUUAAAGUCAAAGAGAAAGUCAAUGUAAAUCUUAAAGACAUUGUCAUUAGGAAGAAAAAUGAAUAAUUUGUCGGUUAAACAAACAAACAAAAAGUAAAAUCCUAUUCAAUUGGUGGCAAAAUGAAAAACAAAAAAAACUUGUAAUUGUGAUAAUGCUAUUGAUUAUAAUUAUCAUUAUAUUAUUGGAAAUUCGUUAAUCCCUUCUCUUUAAUCUUAUUUAUAUGUCUCCCAUACUGUAUGUCAUAUAUCAGACACUUUUUCAAAAUGAAAAUCGGAAAAGUAUAUAUUGUUUUUAAUUAAUAAAAGAGUUAUUAAUAUG